UCCAUCACUGCAUCACUCCAUACAGGCAAGCAUUUUCCUCACCUGAUUCUCGGAAUCUGACGGACAUGGACAAAUCUUCCUCAGAGAAGUUGGUGCUCGAAUUUAAGGAAGACACGGCUCUGACGGAGAUGAUGCGUCGUCGCGUCUCAUCUCUGCAAAAAACAGGGCAGAAGCGUCAGGAUGGUGAGCGACUGCUUCUCCCCUUCGAGGCUGUGCAUCGCCUGGACUUCCCCGUCCAAGAGCUAAAUUUCUCCCGCUGGUACUUCUCCCUCUUAGGCCACGGCAGAGUCACCAUCACCGGCAUUUCCCAGCACUGGACCCCUGAUCUCACCAACCUGAUGACCCGUCAGCUUCUGGAACCGAUUGGGACAUUUUGGCGAAACGCUGAGGAUCAUGAGGAGUCGCCACUGAAGUGUCUCGAGGCAGACAUGCAGGAGUUCGGGGAAAGGAUUGCGGAGCUGGCUAAAGUGAGGAAGGUCAUGUAUUUCCUGUUUGCUUACAAGGAUGGAUCCACAGCAGCAAACCUCAGCUGCACGAUUGAGUUCAUACCCGAGAAAUGACCCUCUCCAUAGAGAUUUCGUUUUAAUUUCAGCAUGAAUAUUCUCCUUCAAACCCAUUAAAAGUUUUUCAUAAAUCAAUGUUUUUCAUCAUUGUACACAUGCCAUUAACUACUGCUACUGGCCAAUUGUAAUGAUUUCCAAAACCAAAACAAAAUUUUUAAAGCAAAAUUUAAAGAAAGUAUUUUCCAUGAUGUAAUGUACACACAUUUGAUUUAAAAAACAAACAAAUAAAUUGAAGAAAUUCUAAAAAGCAUUUUUUCUAAGAAACUUCUUGUUGGUAGUAGUAAAUAAAAUCUGAAAUAUCCCCAAUGCAUAACUGCUGCCCUGACAGAUAACAGAGACCAAUGGAGCAAAGAUCAAUAAAACAGCCUCUGAAAGCUGUUUGUUUUCACUGGGAGGGAUGUGGGAAGGGAACAGACACAAAGGUUGACUUUCACACUGAUGAGUGUCUUAAUAUUUUUCCUCCAGUCUACUUUUUGGAUAACAACGAUUUAAGUUGACCAGUUAAUUAGAAGGUAAAGCAACACUGCAAGAUGAGAGAAGAAAAAUAAAAAUAUUUGAGAGACGCAGUAAAAAGGUGAGGAGAGAACAGAGGAAUAAUCAGUGUAAAUAGUCUGUUGGAUUUAUAAUAAUAGCCUCCAACUAACUCAUACCUGCACAAGAGGAGGGCUGAUCUGUGUUUCCUGAUGUAUUCAAAUUAACGGUUUUCCAGUGGUCUUUUCCUUGCAGUUUAAAUACAAUAGGAAGAAACGUCAACACAGGCACUUCUAUCCAAAAACAGAAAAAUGUCAUCCCCACUGACAGAUGUGUGUGUCAUGUUAUUCCUCCUAAUUUCACUGGGUAAAUAGUAGGGUAUUCCAUUAGAUGCAGAGUUUCUUAUGUUAAUAAAAGAUUUUCCUCUAUGUAUCCUACAGUUACUCAUUCUGAUUGAUCCCCUCGCUGUCUUGUGAUGUUGCCAAUAAAGUGUUUAUAGAACUUCUA